UAACAAUAUGUGAUCGUGUUUGUUCGGAUAUCAGCGUAAACGCAUUGAAAACUUUGUCUCAAAUGUGUUAUGCGAUAAGUUCCUUAUAAAACUAAUGACAUUAUAUGAACUCGAUGUGCUUUUGGCCAUUUUACUUGGCUUGCGUUGGUGAUUCGUAUAUAGUCACGUGACCAAGUGGAUUUUGGAUCAAUGGCGCCAAAUGUCUAUAGCAGAAAAUGUUGCACCAGUUACUAUUAUGUGGAUACAAUCUAAAGUAUCAUCAUGUAGUAGAAGAUGUGACAUUUUACACAAUGUUACUACCACGUUCUAAGUGUAAAGCUUUAAGAGUAUCGUGAACAUGUAGGUUAAGAUAAAGACUAAUUGAGAUGUCGUUACGAGGCACAAAGAGGGCAAGUGGUGUGCGCAGUGAGGAGGCGGGCAAGUGCAAACGUCGUAGGACAGAUCCCGAAGACGCUCUGUGGCAACUACCACCUGUCAGUGACCUCAAGAUGUCAUCAAUAUACAAUAGAAGUGCUUCUGAAGCACCAGCUGAACUAUUCAGAAAAGAUCUCAUCAGUGCUAUGAAAUUACCUGAUUCGGAACCAUUAACACCGAGUGAAUACUGGAUUAUCACCGAUACCUGGAAACAGGAUUGGGAAAGAGGGGUACAAGUGCCUGUUAAUCCAGAUUCACUGCCAGCACCGAAGGUCAAAAUCAUCGAAAAUCCUUUGCCUUCAAAUUUUGAAGAAUUCAAACUACCAAAAGACAAAUAUAUACAUUUGUCUCGGGAUGCACACUACCAGGCAGACAAGCAUCACCUUAGUGCAACACCGGCUCUAGCCGAAGCCGCGUGCAGUUACGACCUCGACGCAACAGACACGGCGUGGCUCAAGUUGCUGAACGCAGAGCGGGCGAGAGCUGGCGCCUCCGCUGUUACCGAAGACCAGUUAGAAAAGGUCAUUGAAGACUUAGAGGUUCGGACGUGGGAUAAAAUUCAAGCCAUCAUGAAGUCUGAAGAAGGCUUGGGCAUCGAGUACGACGAGAACGUAAUCUGCGACGUCUGUCGGUCGCCUGAUUCAGAGGAUGGAAAUGAGAUGGUAUUCUGCGACUCAUGUAACAUUUGUGUUCACCAGGCGUGUUAUGGCAUUACUGUCAUCCCAGAUGGUACGUAUGGUCAUGGUCAAUGGCUAUGCAGACCGUGCGGAGCGGGCGUUAGGCCUACUUGUGCCUUAUGCCCGAAUCUUGGUGGCGCCAUGAAGUGCACUCCAAAUGGUCACAAGUGGGCCCACGUAAGCUGUGUUCUCUGGAUACCCGAAGUAUCCAUUGGUUGCGCGGAGAAAAUGGAACCUAUUACGAAAAUAUCGUCAAUUCCCCCGUCGCGAUGGUCAUUGGUAUGUGUUUUGUGUCGGGAGCGCAAAGGCGCCUGCAUUCAGUGCUCCGUUAAAACAUGUAAAACCGCGUAUCAUGUGACAUGCGCAUUCAAACAUGGUUUAGAAAUGCGCGCAAUUAUUGAAGACGAAAAUGCCGAUGACGGUGUUAAAUUACGAUCCUAUUGUCAAAAACAUAGCGUGAAUUCAAAGAAAGAAAAGUGUCCAGGGUCUGGUUCAGAGGAAGAGGAGGUAAAAAGGAAACGCCGCAAGGACAUGACAUCAGAAGAAAAGACUCAAGCAAGAGCAGCACGUUUACAAGAAAUAGAGAGAGAAUUCGACCGUCACGUCAGUGUUAAAGAUAUAAGCUCUCAUCUGCUUGACGUGGAUCAAGAUGCUAUUAAUUACAUUUACAACUACUGGAAACUUAAAAGACGAGCUGGUCAUAAUCGGCCAUUGCUACCACCUAAAUCAGAUGAUAGUGAGCUAUUGACUCACAGACAAGAGCAAGCUGAUCUUGACAAAAUGAAAAUGUUUGUACAACUUAGACAAGAUUUGGAAAGAGUACGUAAUCUUUGUUAUAUGGUGAGCAGGAGAGAAAAGCUAUCACGAUCUUUCUUUCGAAUGCGGGAGCAAACAUUUCAUAAACAAGUAGCUGUUUUAUCAUCAGAGCCAGAAUUGUCAGGAGUUGAUUUAGCAGCUAUUAUCGAAGCUAAUCAUGGACCAUCUAUUUACGACAGAUUAUAUUCUCAUCCAAAUGCACCAGAUCACAAAAAUGAUUUUGAUGAAAUUUUGGCUCGGAUUGCACCUCAAGAUUCAAGUGAUGAAAAGAAAAAGGAUCGAAAUGGUCUGGUUAAGGGUCAAAAGGCUUCAAAUCCAUAUAAGAAGCAUUAUGUCAAUGGAUCUCGACGGAGUGAAAGUAUGUACAGUGGUUUAUCCAGUGGAGAUAGUUCAGCUGAAAAUAACCGAUCUACAAAAUAUCGUGGACGAGCUAUUGCCUCUAGUACAGAUGAAGAUGUUAAGAAACCUAGCAGCUCUCCUAAGAAAAAGAUUUCACCUAAAGGCAAGGGCAAAAGAUCACCGAAAAAACCGGAAAGAAAGAAGAAGAAAAUACCACAAUCCAAAGCAGUGGUUGAGAGUAGUAGUGAAGAUGAAUCUUAUAAAAUGAGUGUGAAAAAAGACAAGUCACGGAGCAAAACUCUACAGCAAAUGGAGAAAGAAAUGGAUGCUGGAAAAAGUGGGCUGUCAGGUACUGAUAGUGGUGACUUAAUGCCAAUGAGAUCUACACGAAACAGGAAAUUUUCGGGUAACAUAUAUUCUGAUUCCAGUGAUGAUACAGAUUCUGAAAAAAUUGAUCAUAAAUCAGCUAAACAGAAUAAAGGGAAGACCAUUAGAAGUCGAUCUGAAGGUUCACCUAGUGGUAUUGACUCGCAGCAAGGUUUACCUAGGACAAAAGCAGCUAUGAAACAGUUUGGCUCCACACACCCUGAAAAGAAAUCAGAUGACAAACCAGCUCCAAAGAAACGAGGUCGAAAACCAUCUAAUAAAGAAAAGAAGCCGUCUACGCCCGUUAAAACUCAUGAGUCUGAUGAUGAAGCUAGAAAUAAAGAAAACAUCAAGUUAUCCAAGCAAAAGGAUAAUCCAUCUGAUUUAAUCGUACCACAAAGACAAGCUGCAAAAAAGGCCUCAGAAAAUAUGCGUUCCACCACUGCUGUGAAAAGAGAAGAAUCAAGUACAGAAAAACAAGCUAGUAGCGACGAAUCACGAGCUAAAUCGAAGUCAAAGACAAAAGGUAAAGAUGGCAAAGACAAUGCAUCUAAAAGUAGUAGUAAAAAGUCAUCUAAAGAUAUUGAAAAGGAGCCCAUUGCAUAUGUACCACAAAGACAAGCAGCUAAAAAAGCAGCUGCCCAUAUUAAGAGUGGUCUUGGCAGUAAGUUACCUGUUAUCGAUCCGUCAGAUUCAGAUAAAAGAAGGGAAAACGAUAAAUCUGAUACAACAAAAUCUUCACCUAAGAAAAAUGAGGCAAAAAUUUCAAAACCAUCUUUAACUACUUCAAGUUCCUCUUCAAACACUAGUAGCAGUAGUUACUCUUCAUCUUCAAGCUCAGAAGAAGAACAAGAAAAGCCAACUAUGAAACCCUCAGCAAAGGCCCGAGAAAUAAAACCGAUUUCUAGACCACCAUCUAUGUUUUCUCCCCCUGGCUCUAGACCAACAGUGGACUUGCCCUUUCUCGACAAGGUGUCAAGACCAUUGUCUUCAACUAGUGCCUCGAGUGAUUCUGACAGCACUAAAGAAUCCAGAUUUUCUGGCUCUGAAAGUCCAUCUCCGAAAAGACCGCGACGUCCCAGAAGGGGAAAAAGUUUCUCCAACGAUGGUCACCCACGCAAGGCCCCCAGCAAGAAGCUUAAAACUUCAGAACGGGGGUCCGAGUGUAGGUUAUCAUCGCCAUCUAUUGAAAGAGAGAAAUCGGUUAGACACGAUGAUGCGCGUGCCUCCGCACGUUCUCGGGCCAGAAGCGUUACUACAAGCGGAAAUAUGUCUAAUAAGUGUGACGCCAGACAGAGAAAACCAUCUAAAGACGACGUCCUCCUUGCCUCUGGAUCAAAUAAAACUCCCGAAGAGAGCUGCAAGUCCCGUAAACUUUCAGCUGCGGAGCGGCAAGAGAACGAGAAGAUAAAAGAUGAAAUAAAAGAAGAGACAUAUGUUACCACUGACUUGAUUAAAAAUGAUAUUAAAGCUUCAAGCAGGGACAUUACUCGACGUAGCAUUUCAGUAGAAGAAAAACAAAAACCGAUACCAAUUGAUACUGAAAGCUCAACAAUUACCAAAAGUAGUCCAAGAAAAACUAUUGAUGUAAAGCAAAAGAACAUAAUCAGCAGACGCAUGAGUGUUAAAUCUUAUCCAUUUAAAGAUACUUCCAUCAGACUUCAGGGUCCCUGUGAAACUAUUACAAAGCCGAUUAGACGUGCAUCUCAAAGUUAUACUCACUCUGAUCAUUCUUCAUUCUUAGUGAACAAAAAUAUAGAUGUUGAACUACCACCAUAUAUAGAAAACACAGAAAAGAAAAUUCCAUCCACUGUAUCUGACGAAUUUGCCAGUAAUGAUAAACAUUGGUUACCGAAAGCUACAAGUCCUCACAUUCAUCCACCGCCUGUAGAAAAACCUGGAGACCAUGAAAAAUACAUGACGGAAGAUAAGUCAUUUGACUCUGAUUGUACUGAUAAGAGUAGUAUUAAAAUGAUUGCUAAGAUUCAAGCUACUCUCAAUGAAAAUACUAUGAUUAAAUCCCCAAAAACGCCUAUGGAUGCGAGAACCAUUAUGUUAGACCCUAUGGAAGAAAAUUCCUUAUCAAGAAAUAUGCGUAAACGUUCGGCUGUCGAUACAGAAAAGAAAUUUAUUAUUCAAGAUGUUAGCCAUGUCCAAGGAGUCGAAAUUUCAAAAAGUGCUAAAAUACCCUCAACUGCAAAUCCAUUUCCAAAUAGAUCAAUGUUUUCACCACAGUCUAAAGAUACUGAGCUAUUUGAAUUUGACAUAUUGGAUGAUGAAGGAUUUAACCAUGAAGAUAUUAUGAAGCCUUUUACUACCUACCCUGAGUUUCUUUUUAAGGAGGAUUCCAAGGAACAAGGCGUUCAAGAAACGCUUAAUCUCGUUGACCGACUUCGAAUGCAGCUUAGUACCAAAAAAGCUGCCCCUGAAAAUGUACCACAGGAGGAAGCAAUUAAUGUAAAUGAGGAUAAAGAAGCUAUAGAUGCAGGAGAAAACAGAAUUGCAGUGGAUACAGGUAAAGAACAGGAGGAAAUGAUUAUAAAACAAACAACGCCUACUGAGCUUCAAGAUAUAAGAUCUCCUAUUAAUGAAAUCCACCAUCCCAAUCAUAAACAAUGUUCAUCGACAGACGAUGUGAGUCCUCAAGAUGACAUAGUCGAAAUAGUUGAUGACAAGGACGAAGAAUCAGAGCAGUUGGCUAAAGAAAGUUGGACUGAUAUGCCUGUGCCAACAGCUCAAAGUGAUCCGCAAGUAGAGCCAGCAGAAAGAACUUAUGCGCAUACUAUGGCUUACAAUGAAAAUGGCAAAGAAAGAAGUCACGUUCACUCUGAUGUUCAAUCGAUUUCUGAAGUUGCAGAUACUAUAUCACUCUCCAAACAAAGUGAUGAUUCACAAUCUCUGUCAGUUGUUGAUCAAUCAUUACAUAGUAACGAUCAGGAAUUAUCACAAGACAACCAAGUCUUUGAUAAUAACAAUUCGUUGAUGCAUUCGGAUUGCGCUACAAUAUCCCCGCCAUAUGUGACCCAAAAUUCAAAAUGGAGGGAAAGCAAAAUAACAACUAGACGAUCAUCAGAUUCUAGCACAAAUUCUGAAGGUUCGGUGUGUUCCCGAAAGGCCGAUUUAAAAUCUCACUUAAAUAGCUGUGAUUCACAUCCUGGUGCCAUGAUGACAGAUAUCGAUCAGUACGCACCUGUGCCGUCAUAUUCUUGUCCAGUUGAACCUUCAAUGCCUCUGAACCAGUACUCUAACUAUGCUCCAGACGCUUCACCAUUUUUGAAUCCAAUGAGCACGCUUCCAUUAUUCGCGACGGGCGCUUGUGCUUCGUCGCAAUUACCUCUCCCAUCACCAGGUCGGGGCUUAUAUCCCUCUGGGUUGUCUUUUACUGCUGCGCCAUUGAUUCAGCCUUUGACUAAACCUCCAUUUCCUCUAUGUGCAGCAUUUACUACGUCAUCACAAAAUAUCGCAUUGACAACGGCGAUGAUUGCACCACCAACGCCAAAGCCUUUAGAUUCACCGCGCGAUGACAUUGAUGUUACUGGAAGCGAUAAGUUUUCGAUUCAUGUGCCUAGUCCUACAAUAAGCGUGGAUUCUUACAAUGAAGCUAGUAAUACUAGACCGCCCACCAAAAUGUCGAACGAUAGUAAUGAGACAAUGUCUAUUCUUCACCCCCAAGAAUCGAAGUCGCCACCUAAGACUGCCAAGAUUACAUCCAAAUUCUCAUCCAAGUCACCUGGAAAGAGUCCAGGUAUUUCACCUAAACAAAGCGACGUUUCCAAGGGAUCAAAACGGAACAACAAUAGAAGCAAUAGGAGUCAAAGAGGUCGAGGUCGGUCAAAAAGCCGCGGCCAGUCUGUGCACGCUUUUCCUUCCACAGAAUUUACAGGAAAUUCUAUUCAAAGUAAAUUGGUUGGAACAGUUUACGAUUUUGAUGAAGAGUUGGCCAAUGAUGGUGUUGAUUUGAAAGCACUGCGGGAGAGACGAAAGUCUGUUGACAUUAGAGACAACAGAAAAUCAGAUCAUUCAUAUAAAGAUACGUCACAAUCACCAAAAGUUUUAAGUCCCCAACAGAGUAAAACUCCUGCAGCAGAAGUUAAAGAGAUAGAACCUUCUAUAGAUAUUGAUAAUUCGCCUGGUUCUCCUUCAAGUAAGAGUAAUUCUGAGUGUACACCCGGAUUCUCUCAAGUCGAGCCAGUUUUACCUGGACCUGUGGAUAUGCGUACGUAUCAACAAGUCGAUGCUCCUGUGCCCCCAACUAACGAUGGCAUCCAUUGUCAUCUUCUGGCAUUCGCUAGUGGCACAGCCGAACAGCCAUUGGUAGAAAUAGACGAAGAAGUUGAAAAACAAUUACACAGUGCCUUAAUGGCUAGCAAACCACGACAAAGUACAUCAACCGAGGUAUCAGCUUCUGAAGUCAUUCAAGAACCAAUAAAAGAGCCACCACAAUUGCCGAAAGUUUCAUUGAGCGACUCGAGAAAUCAAUUAAAGGUUAAAAUAAAAGGACCUUUCUUAGAUGCAAAUUAUUCUACAAGUUCAACACAACCUACAGCACCGCAGCCACCGGCGCCUGUUCAUGAUUCCAAUAUAAAUAUUCAUAGUAAUACCACCAGUGGAUCCGCUAGUUCUAUGAUGACCGGAUCUACAAAUUUGCGACGAAUGCGAAAGAAGGAAUUGUUGCGGCAAUAUUGGACGCAAGAUAUGAACAUGGACGAUCCCGCUAAUGCAUCCAAUACUGGAAUUCCGCCGCCUCCUGCUGCACCACAGCCAAUACCUCGGGCUGUGAUUACUAUACCAAAAGCUGUUGCCUCGAUGACUAGCAUACCUACAAGAGAAGACUAUAAAAUAUCUGAUACUCCGGUCGAGAAGAAGAAAAGAAAAGUUUCAGGUGUUAAUAGAGAGCUGCGACACUUAGAAGUAACUAUGAAUGACGAUGUUGAUACAUCAGAUGAUAUGAAAUUGUCAAACUACACAAGUAAUACUAUCCAGAGCCAUAAGAGACGUGGUCGUGUCGCCAUAAAACAAAGUAAAUCCCAAGCCACAUCACCGGUUGCACCAAAAUUGAAAAUAAAAAUCGGCUCUAACACUGUGCAGCAAGUGAACGACGAACCUGGUUUCCAAUUUCGUCCACCGAAAAAACGACUAACUUGCAGUAUUCCUAAACCUAGUUUAGAAGAUUUACGUCGUGAAAGCAUGAAGUAUCGACGCAUGGUGAUGGCAGAUUUUGAAGAAAAUGAAAAAGAGAAGAAAUUGAAGCUGAAUAAGAGUGAAAAACGUAAGAAGAAGAAGGGAAAGAAGUUGGAAAAGGAAAAGCUGCAAGUGAUAAAUAGUGAAAACGAUAGUGCUACAAAACUAAUUAUAAAAAUAAAGCGCAAGAAAGAGGAGGAGGAAGGAAAAUCGGGGUCAGACGAGGCCGGCUCAAGUGCAGCGUUAACGGUGUCGGAGCCACCGGUGGACCCCUUUGAAUACGACCCUACGGCGCCGGAUCCCCUCGCCAUCGACCCCCCUUGCAGUUCGGUGAGCGGCACGGGCGUGCGCAAAGUGCGUACUGCAAAGUUGACGCCGAUCCGGUUAAAAUUGGCGCGCAGCUCACAGGGUUCGGGGUACGUGAUGAAGGAGAGCGUCGAGGAGGCCUCGAGCACUGCGCCGGCGACUUCGGAGGCGUCGGCGGCCAACGCCGCUUCGGCCACACUUUCAGUUCCCCUCAAUAAACACUGUCAAGUGAGAUGAUAUAAAAAGAAACGUACUCGCAAAUAAAUUGCAAAUUAAACGUGCGACCAAGCGUCGAUCUCGUGUAUAUAAAGGACUGAAAUGUUCAGUUACAUUUGUGUAAUAGUUGUAAACAUAACAUAAUUCACUUUAAUCAUGUAGUCUACUUCAAUAUUUAUUUAUUUGUAUAAAUGGAAAGCUCAAUGAACUAGCUUAAAGAUAUUGUAAUCUAAGGUAAAUUAUACUACUAA